AUGGGCGACAGUAACAAAUCCAAUGAAAGCUGUGAAACAAUCACUGUUGAAAAUGUGAUGGAACCUGAACAAGUUGAAUUGAAAUGUGUCUCAGAACACGAAUCAAAUUCAUAUUCGGCAACUGAAUUUGACAAAGUAUUUAAUAUUGAUAAUACGACUGUUGUGGAAUCAUUUGAUACAAAGGGGGAUGUAUCAGGUGAUAAACCAGAAACAGUGAAGGAAUCAAUGGAUUUGAAUGGGGGCAACAAAUCCAUUGAUCAAAAUACAGAGUCAUCUUCAUAUGUUGGAUCAGAGAGAAUGUCUGGUGAGAAUGAAAUAAUCAAACAAUCAAAAGAGACUCAUAUCAAAACAUGGGCAGUAGAGAAUAAGACUAGGAAAAUAGUAAUUACUUCACCAGAUGGUAACAUAAUAUCAGAGAAUAUUUUGGAUAGAUCUCAGAGAGUACCACAUCCAGAAAAUAGGUCGUGGUUUAGAAGAUACUUUGGAUGCAUUUUAGGAGACUUCUGUGGAUAA